GCGAAGAGCCGCUGUGCCGGGCCCCCGGAGAGGCGCUUGCGCACUGCGGGCCCCCGUCCCUCCCCCCAAGUGGAAGCCGCUACAAAGGGGAGCGCAGGCGGCAGGAGAGUUCAGUGAGGCGUGAGCCGUCUCCUAACAGCUCGCCCCGGAGGGAGGGAGGAGAGGAGCGGAGCGGAGCCACCCAGAUCCAGGCAGCGGUAGCUGAGCCAGCGCUCGCAGGCAGCUCUUCUCCUCGUCCUUCCCCCUCUGGCCAUGCAGCGCCGCGCUAGCUCGCUUCUUCCCACCGGCCCCGCGGCUCUCGCCGCCCCUUCUUCACGGCCGUCGUGCUGGCGAAGGAGAAGCAGCCGAUCAACACGUUACUAGCGGGGGACUCCCGGGGCUGCAGCUGCUGCUUCCCUCUGAACUUGCAACAGGCAGGAGGAGCCGCUUGGCCGCUGCUAAUUUCAUGAUCUAAUUUCACCUUGCGGUGUUACCCCGCUGAUCAGAUGCGAUCGCUAAUCCCAGCAAGAGUUUUGCAAAUCUCUUAAGCACCCUGGGCCGCGUGCAGCAACCUGUUUACUCCCAGGCGCUGGAGAAGAGGAAUUAGUGUUUGCAAUGAUCUGGCAGGGGGGAGGGAGCUUGUAUUUUCGCAGAGAUCUUUCCGUGCAAUAAAGACAAGCCUCCGGGAUAAAGCCAACAUCGAGAGGAUGUGAAUAGGCAGCUCAACCCGGUGCAACUGUUACCACAGACAGGGCGGAGCGCUGGAUGGGGGGUUCCUCUAGCGUUUGCACUUGCUACGUUAAUUCGGAGACGUUAAUGCAACUUCUCAAGGUUUGUCCCGCCAGGCUGCGGGGGACAAGAUCCCUUCUCGGCGUGCAGUUUAUUUUCCCUGCGUUUGUUUUCUGGUCUCUCUCUCUCCGUUCGGUACAUUUUCUGCGGAAAUGAAUCGAACUUGAAACGUGCAAAGGGAUCAACAGUGUCCUUGAUUAAUACCCAUCCUCCUUCUCCCCACCCCCGCUUUCCCCGUGCCGCUGGAGCCGGUGUGCGGGUGUUUGUCAGCAGCAGUGACAUGAGUCUAACUCCCAACGCCACCAGCUUGGGCAGCAGCUGUUUAUAAAGGGGGAGCCGCCGAGUGCCACCACCUCACCGCCAUGCCGCCCCACCGCGCACCCCUCGCAUUCGUCUUGGUCCUGCAGCUGCUCGGAGCUUUGACCCCCUUCGCCCAAGUGGCUGGCCCCCAGGCACCCUGGGCACGAGCGGGUCUGGAGGGGAGAGCGGAGCGCGCGAGAGAAGGUGCUCAGCAUGCGACCCCUGGGCUGCUCCAGCAAGUGCUGCCCUCACCCAAAGGGGAGAGCCGCCGGACCGGUUUAGGAAACGGGGCCAGAGGAUCCUGGCAGAAAGCGCUUGCCAGCAGAUCCAAAGCAACGGCACCGCAUGCAGCGGCGGAAGAGGCUGCACCGGUGCACGGUGCUAGGGACGUUGCUGCUGAAGCCGCCCUUCGCUUGGGCGUGAGGAACAGUAGCAGUGGAUUUCCUGCCGUGGAGCCUAGGGGGCAGCCUGAUACUCCUUGGCAGGACCCUGACGAGGGGAAGGUGAAUAAGGACCGAUCGGUAGCGCUGGGGAUGGGAGGAUACUCUACUCUCCAAUGGCUUGCAGUGCACGGGGAGGAAGGUAGCAGCCAUGCAAGGCACAGCCCCAAGAGGCUUGCCAGGAGCAGGAGAGGAGCCAGCGAGCUGCAGAGCAGGGGCAAGGACGGAGGGGGAGGGAAAACCAGGGGCCUUAAGAAUAGCAACCUGGCAAAGCCUUUCAACAGCUCCUUGGGCAGCCCUCCAGCCAGGGGUGAUGGCGAGGAGGAGGAUGCCCCUCAGCUGCUGCCUUUGAAUGGCUCCUCCCGUGAUGGGCUAGAGAGGGACUCAGGAGCCCGCAGCAAUGGGACAAGCCGCCGGGCCCGGCUCAAGAACCCUUUCUACCCGCUGACCGAGGAGUCGUACGGGGCCUAUGCGGUCAUGUGCCUGUCCGUGGUGAUCUUCGGCAUCGGGAUCAUGGGCAACAUGGCCGUGAUGUGCAUCGUGUGCCACAACUACUACAUGAGGAGCAUCUCCAACUCCCUGCUGGCCAACCUGGCCUUCUGGGACUUCCUCAUCAUCUUCUUCUGCCUGCCCCUGGUGAUCUUUCAGGAGCUCACCAAAAAGUGGCUGCUGGCAGACUUCUCAUGCAAAAUCGUUCCAUACAUUGAGGUAGCUUCUCUUGGAGUCACUACGUUCACACUAUGUGCCCUCUGUAUAGACCGAUUUCGUGCUGCCACUAACGUACAGAUGUAUUAUGAGAUGAUUGAAAACUGUACUUCAACAACUGCCAAACUGGCUGUUAUAUGGGUUGGUGCUCUGUUGUUGGCACUUCCGGAGGUCGUUCUACGCCAGUUGACAAAGGAAGACUCUGCAUUUAGUGGCAGCCCACCUGGGGAACGGUGUGUGGUAAAGAUCUCUACUGAAUUACCUGACACCAUUUAUGUAUUAGCUCUCACAUAUGAUGGUGCAAGACUCUGGUGGUAUUUUGGCUGCUACUUUUGUUUGCCUACUCUUUUCACUAUUACCUGUUCUCUGGUAACAGCCAGGAAAAUCAGACGAGCAGAAAAGGCUUGCACACGAGGGAACAAGCGACAAAUUCAGCUGGAAAGUCAGAUGAACUGCACUGUGGUGGCUUUGACCAUUUUGUAUGGGUUUUGCAUCAUUCCUGAAAACAUCUGCAACAUUGUGACUGCCUACAUGUCCACAGGAGUCUCUCGGCAGACUAUGGAUCUCCUCCACCUCAUUAGCCAGUUUCUUUUGUUCUUUAAGUCCUGUGUGACCCCAGUCCUCCUUUUCUGUCUUUGCAAACCAUUCAGUCGGGCCUUUAUGGAAUGUUGUUGUUGUUGCUGUGAUGAAUGCAUCCAGAAGUCAUCAACGGUAACAAGCGAUGACAAUGACAAUGAGUACACCACAGAGCUUGAACUCUCCCCUUUCAGUACCAUCCGUCGUGAAAUGUCCACCUUUGCUUCAGUUGGGACUCACUGCUAAUUGACUCUAUGGCUUUAUUUGCAGUACCCCUAAUUUUUUUUAACUUAAUAUUUUUCUUGUUGGAACAAAAUGCAAGAAAAAAAAUGUUGCUUAUAAGAACUACCCUGUAAACCGAUUUGCAUAUUAACAGUUGUGCUUUGGAAAAUAAUUUCUGUUUAGUUAUUAAAAUGAGAGAGCCAACCUUAUUUGGGAUGGUGCUAGUAUUUUAUUGUUUGAGGUGUGGGGGGGAAACCACGUCGACCUACUUUAUUUAAUUUCUUGCUAAUUUUUUUAUAAUCACUGUAAAUUGAUUACAUAAACGUGGUUUUUUGCAGGAUGUUUAAUGUAAAAGAUGUGGUGGAAAGUAUUUGAAGCUAGUUUUAAUCCAAUUUACUGUACAAUAUUGUGAGAAUAUUUGGAGUUUGGACAAUUUACAAGGUAGUAUAAUAAUAAAUGAGAUUUUAUUCUUUAAUGUCAUUGUCAAUCUGUAUUUAACUAUUUAAAUAUUAUUAAAUUGCCUUAAUAAGGAUAAAAAUCUUUGCUUUACACAGAGUAAUUUAAAUUGACCAUAUUUAAUUUACCAUUCAUGUACUUACCCUUGGAAAUCGUAGUUACCAUGUUUAAAGAAGAUGCUUAUAAUGGAAUUGGCUUUACAUGAGUGGUUUUUAAAUGUGCAUUAUGAAGGUUCAAUGUGCUACAUUUAAAAUUUCCUUUUUUAACUUGUAGUUAUACAGUGCCUAAGUUACUUUGGUCUAUUUGAGAAGUAAGAUUUGCUUUCACCUUGAAUUGUAUUAUGUGUGGCUACAUUGGCUGAGUUUCUUUUUGCUUUUUUCUACACUAAUCUGCACGAGUAAUUCCCACAGGCAUCCAUGAGAGUCCAACGCAGAACCAGGGUAUUAUUUUGCCAUAGGGUUGGUGACAAUAAACAUGAGGGACUGGAAGAUGUGGAGAGUGAAUUCCUUUUUUUAAAACACAAAUGCAUUUUCAGACACACAAGGCCUGAUCCAAAGCCCAUUGAAGUCGAUGGAAAUAUUCCUGUUGAUUUCAGUGGGUGUCUGAUCAGGCCCACAUGCCCUAAGUAUUCUGGGAUAUGCAGCAUAAAUGUUAGAAGUGGAUACACUGUAAACAAAUCAUGAGUAUUAAUUAUGUAUUUUUCACAGAGGCCACAAUCCUCUACAGGCUCACACUUCACAACCGGUUUUUAAGAACCAUGUUGUGUUUGGCUGAUUGUUUCUUUCUGUCUACAAACCUGUUAAACUAGGAAAUUGAAUUUAUUAUUUAAACCAUUGUUUUCUCAAAUGACAAAAUGAGCAUAUUUUUGUCCUCUGAAAUAAAGUGUGGGUAUACCUAAUAUAGUCCACCUUCUACAUGCUCUUUAAAUGUCUUGGCAAAAAUGAUGUGACUUCUGAAAAGAAAUAUAUUUUCCUUUAUGUGGAGUAUGCUAGAUUUUAUACAUUUACUUUGUAUAUCAGUGUGGGAAAAAAUAAUUCCUCCUUACUCUCACUUAAACAUACACCAAAUUCAACAGAAAAGGUAAUUAUUCUGUGUAUAUGUCCACUCUAUUCCUUGUAUCUGUUAAAAUUAAACAACUAUUAUUGCAUUAGGCCCUGAUUAAUCAAGCUAUUUAAGCGUGUGCCUAUCUAUAGUCAAUAUAAUUAUUCUUUAAGCAUGUGAAUAAUCCCAUUAACUAUAGAUAGGCACAUGCUUAAAUACUUGCUGAAUCAGGACCCAAGUUCUCCAGCUGUUUUGUAGUGUGGUCAAUCAUUUCUAUAGACAAGAGAUCCUUCUGUAGACAUUUCCUUUCCCAAUUCCCUUUCUAUACACUUUAUGGAGCUAGCGUGCUUCAUUACAUGAAAUAAAUUAUGGAAAAUAUUAAGCAGACAAGAUGAAAAUAAACUUCUUUAAUGUGA